AUGAUUGAUCAAAUGUAUUAUUCCAAUGGAUAUCAAGAAUCAAAAUCAAAAUUUCAUUCAUAUAGAAAUGUUGAAAAUUCAGGAAAAUUUAUUACACCAUAUUUACAACAAAAUUAUAAAAUGUUAGAUGUUGGUUGUGGACCAGGUUCAAUUACUUUAGAUUUUGCUAAAAAUUAUUUAACUAAAGGAGGAUCGGUAGUUGGAAUUGAACCAAUUCAACAAUUAGUUGAUACAUGUAAUGAAUUAAAACAAAAUUUACAAGUUGAUAAUGCUAAAUUUCAAUUAGGUUCAAUUUAUAAAAUUCCAUUUCCUGAUAAUUGUUUUGAUUUAGUAUAUUGUAAUCAAGUUAUUGUACAUUUAGAUGAUCCAAUAAGAGGUUUAAAAGAAUUAUUAAGAGUUGUAAGACCAGGUGGAUUUAUUUGUUUAAGAGAUGCAGAUUUACAAUCAACAAUUAUAACUCCAAUAAAUUAUGAAAUUUUAAAACAUUAUAGUAUUGUAAUCACUGGAAAUAAUAGAUCAUCAGAUAUAAGAGCAGGUAGGAAUUUAAAAUCCAAAAUUUUAAAAGCUGGAUAUGAUGCGAACAAGAUAAAAGAUAUAUCAAUUGACCCUAGUUUAAUUUGGAGGAAAACAGAUAAAAGAAUUUGGUCAGAUAUAAAUUUAGAAAGAAUUAAGUCUUCAAAUGAAAUUGCUUACCCUUUGGAUUUUGGAAGAACUGGUGAAAUUGAAAAACAAGUUAUGAAAUUAUAUCCUGAAUGGGUUGAAGAUGAUGAUUCUUUAAUUAGUAUUCCAAAUUUUCAAAUCGUCUAUCGAAAAUGA